AAAAGAGAGACGCAAAAGCAAAAGUAUCGUGUAGCGUGAUAGCAGUGUCAAGAAGGAUGAUGAGAUCAGGACCGGACGAUUUCUCUUCCGGUUGGUAGAAGUUGAUUGCACACAGGAGGAAAGGCCCCUGCCUAAAAUUCGAACCACGUCCACCGCACCCACGGCAAUAUGACGGUCGCGGUCGAGGCAGAAGAGCUCCUUCGGGACCUGUCCCGCACGCAGAUCUCCGAGUUGCAUGACCGGUAUGACAGGUGUGAGGAGCAGCUGGCCGAAAUGCGGGAGAAGGCGAGGGAUAGCAUGGUAGCGAGGAAAAAGUACAUCGAGGUAAGUACGCGAAUACUAAGUAGAAAGAAGACAGAGUAGCUUUUUGUCGUGCAGAACUACUUUUUUUUACCUCAAUCACAGUUUAUCUUUUCGUACAAAAGCUGUAAUUGUACUUGCUUAUGUGCGAUCAUUUUUUCCAUUUGUCGGCUAAGAGGCAAAGAAGUUUCCCACUACACGCAAUUUAUCAGAACCUGAGCGACCGGCUUCUGGAUAAGAGCGAAAAGCUCACGGAGCUGCGAGCGGCGCAGACUGCUGGGGGCGGGUUGGCAGGUAUAAUAGAUAGAGCGGUCGCGGUUUUUGUCAUGCUGAAUGCCAACUUGCAAUUGCAUUUUGCUUGUCCUGCAAAAAUAAUGCGUACGUUCUUACACGCAAUCCGAGUUGUAUCAAAAAAUUUCAAUUUCUCGUCAUAUCCCAGAAGCCUCCGAGAACAACAACAAGCACCUGAACGACCUGACCCGCGCGGCCUCCAUGCAGACCCUCCUCCGCAGUGAAAUCCUGCGCUACGAGCGCACCACCGACACGGCCGACGCGCAUUCCCGGGAGAACUUGCGGCUCGUGCGGGAACUGUUCCAACACAGUCUGAGUCUGCACGACCAGCUGAAGAACGAACUGGAAAGAGCGGCGGAGAAAGAGGAGCAAUGGAAGCAAGAAAAACUAUUUCUGGAGCAGGAAUUCGAGAAACAGAAGGAAAACAACCGGAAAUUGGUCAAAGAGCUGCAGAAUGCUUGCGAGGAAGUGGCGGACCUGGAGAAGAAAUCGUGUGAGACCGGGGAGGAGAUGCACGAGAAAUUCACGAAGUUUUCCGAGCAGAACGUGCAUAUGCUGUGCAAAAGUAUCGUACUCGGACCAAUCGCAGUCCUGCAUGACAGAUCUGCUUUCUUACCUAAUUUUGCAUUUACAAAUUCCAGGUUUCAUCUUGAAGAAAUUUGUCAUGCGAUUUAUACUAGUGCGACGCUUUUGCAAUGCAUAGUGCAGCAACUGGAGCAAUUGGAAGAAAAGUAUGUGCAGAAACUGACCGACUUGAAUGAGGAUUGGCAGUUGGAAAUGAAAAAAGAAAAGCAGGACCGCGCGCGGGAAGUCAGUGAAAUUCUAAGUGAAAAACAGCAAAAAAUCGCCGAACAGGAGGCGCACUGGACCCGGGAAUUUCAUACUCUGCAGACAAAACUGCAAAGUCAAAAGAAGGACCACGCGAGAACCCGGGAGGAACUGAAAAGCAGUAAGGAAAGGGAGAAAGAGCUGAAGAAGCAAGUCGAAGAGCUGAAGCAGAUAGGAAACACGCUUGAGGAAAAAUUAUCAACAGCUCGAAAAGAGUCGCAGUUGUUCAAAAAACACGCACAAGACUGGCGGAACCGCGUGGAGAGUUUACAAGCUGUCGGGGGGUACGGGAAACGUGGGGAGCGGAACGCGGAUCAGUUUUUACUGGUGCAGAAGCAAGUCAGGGAUUUGCGGGAGGAGUUGCACUUGCAUCAAGCAGUCAGAGACAUUACCCUACAGGAAUACCAGCUGAAAUCGAUUCGGGAUGCGGCUACGGCGGUGCCGGCGUACCCUGCCUUGGGGGUGGAACCAUCAGCAUGUGCAGCUGGCUUUAGUACCACCACUUCUGCCAACGAUAAUUUAUUCAAUAUCGCCGAUAGUACCACGACGCCAAUCGUCGCCGCGGCACCGACGUCGCCUGUGACAGCACGGACGAAUUUGCUCAAAUCAGGACCGGUCUACGUGCCAGGGCAGCAGUCCCAGUCCUCGCAGAUGAUUACUACACCUGCGACCUCCGGAGCAUUACCUUUACCGGUGCCGAGUGCUACAACUGCUGCUUCUGUCGGUGAGGCGACCGGGUAUAGAGACCAGUUUUUGGACCCACUAUUAACCUAUUGCGCGAAGAACGAAUUGCGGCAGGAAGAAGAGCAAGUCGUCGCAUCAUCUUCUGCUGCUGAACCACAAGAAGGGCGAGGGCCGACGACGACGAGCGGCAAAACAUUAAAGCACGAAGACGAAACGUCGUCGCUCGAACACAAAUUGAACGUUGUUUCCACAGGGAAGGAGGUUUUGGAGCUGCGCGAAAACAUUCUGGAGCUGGAGAUGCAGAAACUGAGGCAGGAAGUCGUGGAAAUGAAGAGAACAGCAAAUGCAAAUAACAGCGGCGGCGUGCCGCAGCGUCCACCACUUGUGCCUCCUGUUGCUGAAGUGCUAGACGAUCCGCUGCCAACAAGCAGGAGUGCACGACCCCCUGCCUCACCGAGUGGCGCUGCAAGGGAUGAGCAACCAGGUGGACAUUUGCUUCCAACAGGAAGUUCUUCAAAAACGACGUCGAAGCCGCCAGUAGACAUAUCCGGUUGGAAAGCCUACAUGUCUCCACCCGGGUUUAUCGGCUUCCCGAACUGCGAUCCGUCAAAGUCCUCUGCUUCACCGGGACAAGACGACCCGACAAGUACUUCUGCGGAUCCACAAGUUGCAGCUCUGCAGCGGGAGCUGGCUGCGAAAAAUGCAGAGUUGCAAGCAUUGCGCGAAGGAGCGUCGAAAGAACGGACAAAGGUGAAAGUCGGCACGGGCGCUUCCGCGCCAUCCUCAUCUAGACGCCCAGCAAGCAGUACUGGGAGUGCGGGUGCUGCUGUUUCACAGCCACUGUCCCGCAUACCCGGAGCCACACAGCAAAUGACGAGCGAGCUGUCCAAUUUUCUGGGACAUGAUGUUCAUGGGUCGUCCUCUCCGCGAGGAUAUAUCCCUCGUGCAAGUUCGCCGCCAGCACUGAGCGCGACAACGCCGGCGACGACGAUCCAACAGUCGCAGCUUUUCAGGCCGAACACCGGGACAACUACAACAGCGAUCACGACGAUGAUUGGAAGGAAAGAAACCUACAACCUGGACACGCCGGCGCUCUUCCGUCCGCCGGGAAGAGGAGCAGGACCACAUCAAACAGGUUCAAACCCAGUACAACCGACGUUGAGCAGUACUAGUAGACCCCCGGUCUGGGCGAGAAAGACCGCGAGCUCGCGCUCGAAGCAGACCUCAAAGCACUCGAACGUGGAUCCAUUAGACGUGGUCGUCGCCGCGGGGGGAGCUGCGAACAGUAGCAAGAAAACCACUGCUGCUGGUGCAGUGACUCAAAGUAGAACUGUUGCUCUUGGUGCAGCUCCCUCUCCGAAUGGGACGACCGCUGGACAAGAACUUCAGCAGGUUUACUUCCCGCCCGGUCCCUCCGCCGUGGACGACCUCGCGUCCUCCGCGUCUGCGCAGGCAAGGCAAGGUUCGAAAUUAUCCUCUCCCGCCGGCCCGGGCACGAAUGCCGCCCGCGCGGUGAUGUACCGGCUGCAGGGCCCGGAUGAGUUACUGCAGCAGCUGGACGGGGGGGGACGUGCUGGGACUACAACUACACGAAGUUUGUCUCCACGACAACACACUGCUCAUCAACGUGGGAAUUCCAAUCCGCCACCGGCUGGAGGAACAUCAAAGCCCAGACUAUCUUCCACCAUCGGACUGAUGCCCAUGCACCGGAACAGGUUCGUUGCUGCAGAAAACAGUAGCGGCUCCGCAAUUGGAACCAAGAUGCGACGCUCGUGGGAGGGGCCCGUUGCACCGUCUGCAACGAGCAGUCCCCGCCUGCAAUACGACACGAAGCUCGGUGCAACCGUGAUCGUUGCAGACAUGCGGUCUAGCGGAACAAUAUCUGGUGCCAGUGCCUCCUCCCGCCCCCGUGCGGGAAGCCAUGGCGCGAACAUGGAGAAGCAGCCUGCGUUCGUCUCUCAUUCCGCGCGGCUCAUCCCUCGCACGUCAGCCACAAUUGCGCAGCUGCAGGGGAUAAACAGAAGGGCGCACAACAAUAAUCCGAAUUCAAGCAGCCGAUACAACAACUCUUCGGCCAGAGACGAUGCUGGAGCUCCUGCUGCUGGCGGAGCAAGUACCUCAUCUAGAGUACCGGCGGGGACGCACAUUCGCCUGCCAGUGCCCCUGUCUGCCGCAACGACGCCGCUUGGUACUUCUAUGGGCGCUGGUCAACAUCUUUCAGCAGUGCCUACGUCUUAUCCUGUGCACCAAACGUAUCGUACUCGUAUGGAUGCAACUCUUGCAUUACAAAUCUCAUUCUCAAAGCAAAUCAGCAUGACAAAUUUCAUUUCUCAUGCGGAGGAACUUUGUAAUGCAAUUACCACUAGUACGAUAGUACAAAACUUUUGCAAUUCAUACGUCUGCGCGAGAGUCCGCCCUCCGCGAUUCGCUGAACGAAGAAAAGUGGAAGUAUCGGGUGCAAAGGCAGGAGUUGCGACAAUUGCAGGAGGAGCUGGCACGACGCGACCGCUUUCAGCACAGGCUUGGAAGGGAGGUGCAGCGGAGGCCGUAUUGUUCCGAAGAGGACGAACUAUCGUGAGAAUGAGGAAGGAUAUUGUAGACUUUUGUGCGUCGAAAUCUAAAUCAAUUUACCAAAAAGGGCAAGAACACGCAGCUCAUUCGGUCAACGAUUAUGUCACCGUCACCAGGUGCUCGCUUUGACGCCUGUACAUCGCAGAGGCACAUACGUUGUAUUUUUUUACGUUGUAUUUUUUUCAAACUUCCGGAAGAUGCAACCGACGGGCGUUCUUGAG